GUCAACCCCUACACUCCUACUCCUCGAAUCUAUCUGGGAAAUAAUCCAAUUGAGUUAGGAGAGGCUAAAGGGAGUGAUUCUUAACUCUAGAUCAAAAGGAAUGCAUUAUUGCAUACUAUUAAAUUUUAUUGCGAGUGUAAAUAUUUAAACUCCAGAUUUACGGCCAAACUUACACUAAGGCUUUUAAUUAUCUUUCUUUUAGCUAAUCCUCCAGUUGCUUCAUUUUAGCUUCUAGAAUAUUUCAAUCAUUGUUGAUCCCAUGAUGCCAACAGAAUCUAGGAGUUAUCAAAAGCAAAGAAUAACAUGCAUGGUUUACCAAGGAAUCAAUUGGUAUGCAAGAAAGGUAAUAGCAUCAACAUGGAAUAUGAAAGAAGAGGGUUCAAGGGAUCAGCUGCAAAAGUGGUGCAAAUGGAAGUCCAGAGUCAGUACAGAAGCUUCUUCCUCGGAGGCCAAUCCAGUUUCUUCUUAUUCCUCUAUCCUGUUCAAACUCUAUGGCAAUGUUCAUCCUGAUGGGUAUUACUUUGCUCAAGUUAAUGUAGGGCAGCCUCCAAAGCCCUACUUUCUUGAUCCUGAUACAGGCAGUGACCUCACUUGGCUUCAAUGUGAUGCUCCCUGCGUACGUUGCACUGAGGCACCUCACCCGCUAUAUCGGCCAACAAAUGAUCUUGUUGUUUGUAGGGACCCGUUGUGUGCUUCUUUGCACUCAGGUGCCUACGAAUGUCCCAAUCCAGAACAAUGUGAUUAUGAAGUUGAGUAUGCAGAUGGAGGUUCAUCCUUUGGGGUUCUAGUCAACGAUGUCUUUUCUCUAAACCUUACCACUGGUAUUCGACUGGGCCUUCGCCUUGCUUUUGGGUGUGGCUAUGAUCAACUGCCUAGUGUAUAUGCUCCUCCUUUAGAUGGAGUACUGGGCCUUGGGAAAGGGAACUCCAGCAUUGUCUCACAGCUCCAUAAUCAGGGGAUUGUCAGAAAUAUUAUAGGCCACUGUCUAAGUGCGACAGGGGGAUUCCUUUUCUUUGGGGAUGAUCUUUAUGAUGCUUCUCAAGUUAAUUGGGCACCAAUGUCACAGGAUUCCACAAAGCGCUACUCAGUCAGUUCUGCAGAACUCACAUUUGGUGGAAAAGGUGUGGGAAUUAAAAAUCUUGAUGUUAUCUUUGACAGCGGGAGCUCUUACAGUUACCUAAACUCUCAAGCAUAUCGAGCUAUAAUUUCUUUGAUAGAAAAAGAUCUGAAGGGGAAGCCCUUGAAAGAAGCCAAAGAUGAUCGUACUUUACCAGAAUGCUGGAGAGGCAGGAAACCAUUCAAGAGCGUCCAUGAUGUAAGGAAAUACUUCAAGCCUCUAGGUUUGAGCUUCCACCAUGGCCAGAGAGUUAGAACUCAAUUUGAGAUACCCCCUGAUGCAUAUCUUAUCAUCUCUUCAAAAGGCAAUGCUUGCUUAGGAAUACUGAAUGGCACAGAGAUAGGGCUGCAGAAUGUUAACCUCAUUGGAGAUAUAUCAAUGCAGGACAAGAUGGUGAUUUAUGACAAUGAGAAAGGAGCAAUAGGUUGGAGCCCUGCAAAUUGCAGUAGGCCACCAAAGUCCAACACUUUCAUCAUGUAAUGAGUGAUGAAUGAAAUAUGUUGCUCAUACUUACUGUAAAUGUACAUAAUUAGCAUAAUUUAAGCUGAACAACACAAUAUUGGAGAGAAUGAUUGUACGUCUAAUGUUGCAGAAAAAUAUUACUUAAGCAAAUAUAUAGUUUGGUGUGUUUGCAAUGGCAAUUCUAAA